AUGGCCUACCUUUCCGAUGUGGAUCUCGCAACGUUACACAAGUCACGCCUCGAAGAGCGCGUACAAUAUCGGCUCUCGGCAAUGUGGACGCACGGUGCGGAACAGCGUCGGGAACAAUCGCUACCAGUGCCGUCAUCAACCGCAUCGCCGUCACCGGCAAUGUUUGGUGAUCGUGAACGGGCAAACGUCCGAGCCGCCAGGGCGUCUACAGGCCGCAACACUGUGGACGGUACGGUGCCACGUCUCGAAACGCACCCAAGAACUAGUGAUAUGGUGAACAAUAACGUGGUGGAACGUACUGCGCAAGAAUCCAGCGUUUCGUCUACUGGCGCCUCGCAUAAGAAGGGAGCUUCGUUGGAGCCGCAGCCUACCGCGAUGGAACGACCGUUCCAUCAACAACAGUUACUGCAGCAGCAGUACAACUUUAACGGUCAUGUGAUACGCCCUAGGAUAAGAAGUAGCAACAGCAUGUCCAGCAGCAGCUCGACGGCAUCCAACUAUCACCAUCAUCAGCAACAUGGAGGCGGCAGCAGCAGCAGUGCCGGAGGAGGCGGCAAGCACGUCGAGUGGAGUGAUGACGACCACCUGCACGACGAUGGCUACUUCUCGUCCGACACUCGCCGAAGAAGGUCCGGUACAUGGCCGCGAACACGAAGUUUGAAUGCACCGUCACCGUUUCAACAAUUUGGACCAUGCGGUCGGAUUAUGAAAAACUCGGCGAUGGUGAUGCAAAUUCAGGAUCCGGCUAGCCAGCGGUUAACAUGGUACAAACCACCCCUGGCGGUGCUGGUCAUUAAGAAGGUUCGUGACUCGAAGGUGCUACAACCGUUCGUCCAGCUGGUGGAGUGGUUAAUCCACGAGAAGCACAUGGUCGUGUGGGUGGAGGCCGCGAUACUGGACGAUGCGCUGCUGACCGGUGACAAGCGCUUCACCAAGCUGCAGGACAAGCUGAUCACGUUCAAGGACGGGCGUGACGAUCUGACCGAUAAGAUCGAUUUCAUCAUCUGUCUCGGGGGCGAUGGUACGCUGCUGUACGCGUCGCUCCUGUUCCAGAAGUCCGUCCCGCCCGUAAUGGCAUUCCAUCUGGGGUCGCUUGGAUUCCUCACACCGUUCCAGUUCGACAACUUCCAGGAGCAGGUGACGAACGUGCUCGAGGGCCAUGCGGCACUGACGUUGCGCAGCCGGCUGCGGUGUAUUAUCGUGCGCAAGGACAAAACGGAGCAGGAGAUCUCCACCUUCAAAUCGUCUCAGGAUCCGUCGACUAACAUACUGGUGCUAAAUGAAGUUGUCAUCGAUCGGGGACUAUCGUCCUACCUAAGCAACAUUGAUCUGUUUCUGGACGGCAAGCACAUCACAUCGGUACAGGGUGACGGAUUGAUCGUGUCGACACCGACCGGCAGUACGGCCUAUUCGGCUGCCGCUGGUGCCUCGAUGAUACAUCCAUCAGUGCCCGCUAUUCUCGUAACGCCCAUAUGUCCUCAUUCCCUCAGCUUCCGACCCAUCGUACUGCCAGCAGGAGUAGAACUGAAGAUUGCAAUAUCGCCGGACAGUAGAAACAGUUCUUGGGUGUCGUUUGAUGGUCGGAAUCGCCAGGAGCUACUGCACGGUGACAGUCUGCACGUCACCACCUCUAUUUACCCGGUGCCAAGUAUAUGCGCGCAGGACCAGAUCGCCGAUUGGUUUGAUUCGUUGGCCGAAUGUCUACACUGGAAUGUGCGCAAGCGGCAGAAGUGUCUGGACGAGCUGUCCGACCUGACCGGUUCCGGCACGGAAGACAGCGCUAUCGAUGACAUCGUACGCGGUAUGGAGAACCUCGAGAAUUGA